AUGCGGAGAUUGCCUCCAUUGUCGACCGAGCCAAACCGAUGCGAACGCGCAUUUGUUGGCAACACUAUAGGCCAAGCAAAUGGCGUGUACGACAAGCCGCUUGAUCUCCGUUUCUGUAAUUACACAAACGAGAAGUCCAACUUGAAGGGGAAAUCUCUAGCUGCAGCACUCAUGUCCGAUGCGAAAUUCAACGGCGCAGACAUGACGGAAGUGGUAAUGUCUAAGAGCUUAUUUGACCCUAAAUCUUUUGCAGGUGUGGACUUCUCGAAUGCGGAAAUAUAUCAAGUUAAUUUUGAGAAAGCUGAUCUCCAAGGAGCUUUGUUCAAGAACACAGUAAAUCAUUAUUCAGGCUCCACAUUUGAUGAUGCAAGAGAAGAGGGCCGUGUCUUUGAGGAUACAAUUAUAAGAUAUGUUGAUCUUCAGAAGCUUUGCACAAAUAAAACCAUUAGCCCCGACGGAAGAGUUGAACUCGGAUGCCGAUGA